AUGCCAUUCCAAUCUCGAGCCCAAGCCCUCGUCAACGCGCAAACCGGCGCCGACGCCCGUCUAUCCCGGCACACCACCCCCACCUCUUCUUCGUCUUCGCCCGCCGUGCCCAACAUUGAAACCCUCAUCGCCCACGUAGAACAGCACGGCUACGUAAUCAUCCCCUCCGCCUUCUCCGCCCCGGAAGUAGAUGAAGCCCACGCCGAGAUCGUGCGCCUGACAUCCUCGCCCAAGACAGCCGGGCCAGCCGGGGGGUUUUCCGCCGGUGCCAAUGACAAGGACAGCACCACCACAGGCGGCAGAAACAGCUUCGAAGGCUUCAAAACCCACCGCAUCUACGCCCUCCUCAACAAGUCCCCCGUCUUCCACAAGUUCCCCACCCAUCCGGCCCUCCUCGCGCUCAACAACCACUUCCUCGACCCGGGCUUCCUCCUCAACGCCUUCCACAGCGUCUACAUCCAGCCCGGCGAGGCCCCGCAGGCGCUGCACCACGACGACGGCUACGUCGGGGUGCCGAGGCCCCAUCGGUCCUUUGGGACGGGCGUAAUGGUCGCUCUCGACGACUUCACCCCCUCAAACGGCGCGACCGUCAUCAUCCCAGGCUCCCACACCUGGGGCCCCGACACCGGCGCCGCCGACACGGCCCACCUCCCCCAGCGCAAAGACGCCAUCCCCGUUGUCAUGGACAAGGGCAGCGCCGUCUUCUUCCUCGGCACCCUCUGGCACGGCGGCGGGGAAAACACCUCGCCCGACCCAAGAAGGGCGCUGACGAUCCAGUACUGCCAGCCCUGGAUGCGGCCCCUCGAGAACCAGAUCCUCGCCGUCGAGUGGGACAAGCUGGCCGGGAUGCCGAGGCGGCUGGUGGACUUGCUCGGGUACGAGCCCGGGGCCCCGUUUGUCGGGUACGCGGAUGGGGUUCACCCGUGGAAGGUUGUCCAGAGGAGGCUGAGGGAGCAGGAGGAAAGGGGUCGCAGGCAGGGGAAACUGUAA